AUAUUUAUUAUCCAAAUUGUUUUCAAUUGUCCGAAAUUUUUGUUUUUUGCCGUUAAAUGCAUCGUUGGUUCUUUGUUAAUGAGCGAGAGAGUUGCUCUCUUCCAUCGGAAGCUGAAAACUCAGGAUGUAGUUUAUUAGAUGGGAAGGAUGCUACUGCAAUUAAACCCAUACCCACCACAGAUUGGCCAUUUUGUGUGACCUAUGACAAGCCAUUGUUGGGCAAUGAGUAUAUGGGCAUAAUUGGUAAUUGUGAUGAACUGGGCAAUUGGGAUCCACAGAGAGUGGCCCUGAUGGGACGCACAAAUUGUCAGUGCCAAAAAGGAUGCAGCUGUCGCCGAUUCGAGUUGACUAUAAAUAUACCCCGCAAUAUUGAUAUUGAGUAUCGCUAUUGUAUAGUCGCCUACGAUUCAAACUCGGGUGAGACUAUUAUACGUUUUUGGGAGGUACAUCUGAAACCUCGCCUAAUACGACCCUGUCAAAAUUUGCUAAAGCCCUGCGAUCGCUUUGGAUAUAAGAACGAUGAUAGUGAUGCGAAGUAUUGCGUUAAUCGCGGUUGGUCUACCACAGAGACAUAUAUUCAAUUCAAGAUCUUCAAUGCUCCUUUUAUAUGGCUAAAGCAACUUCGCAGAUUGCUCUAUGUGCAUAUUCAGCCGAUGUUUCAGAUGCCAGAGAGUGCGGGCGAUGGUCAAGAGGAUACGUCAAUAGCAAGAAAACGAUGUGAAUUCGAGGAGAGUUCUCGCUUGGCCUACACCGAGGUGGCAAAUCUGCACAGCUCAAACACUUUGUCUUUUCAACCUUCAUACGGGGCACCUUGUGAUUCCGAUGAUAUGCAAUUAUACCAUUGCUCCAUAGCCCAUCCAGAGGAUACGCUAUACAGACUGGAUUUGUAUACAUUUAGCUAUAAGUCCGGCCCCGAUGAGCCGCCUUAUCAUUAUGGCUAUGGCUUCAUUAAGCCCGAUCAAUUGGUCAAUACGGAGGGUUUUGUUAGGGUUAAGAUCAACUGUGCCUCCACCCAUCGUCCGUUGAUAGAGAUGUGUGUACGCUAUUUAAUCAUACGUCCCAUGACUUCGUUUACUUGUGAUAUGCAUCUAACGUAUCAGAGAUUCUGGAGACUCUCACAUCUGCCCUUGGAUGUAGGUCAUCGGGGUACUGGCAAUACAUAUAAAUUGGAUGAUAACAUUCAUCGUGAGAAUACUUUAUUCGCCUUUAAGCGCGCCCAAGCCCACAAUGCCGAUAUGGUGGAAUUCGAUGUGCAAUUGACCAAAGAUGGCCAAGUGGUUAUCUAUCACGAUCAUGUGCUGAAAUUUUUCCUCCAGAAUACACCCUCCUAUGAGACAUUAUUGGACAAAUAUGACCUGAUGAUUUUUCCGCAUGAGCAAUUUAAUCGCUUAAAAUUAUUAGCCAUGGGAGGCUCAAAGUGUUCCAACUAUUUCGCUCUGCCAUUCGAGGCCUUUACGUAUGAGCAGCUACGUCAAGCUUAUGCCUUGCGUUUCGCCACUAAUCCGACAAACGGUGAUCGGUCAAUACCGGAUCAAAUGCCUUUUCCAUUGCUUAUAGAUAUUCUGAACAAUGAAGAUGAAUCUCUGCCCACUUCAUUGGGCUUCAACAUUGAGAUCAAGUGGACGCAACUUGAUAGCACUAGACGAUGGGAGGACAAUGGUUUCAAGCCGACGUACGAUCGGAAUGUCUAUGUGGACACCAUAUUGGAGGUGGUGCUUAAAAAUGCCGGAGAGCGACGUAUCAUUUUCUCUUCCUUCGAUGCGGACAUUUGUGCAAUGAUACGCUACAAACAGAAUCGCUAUCCUGUAGUUCUAAUUACCGAGGAUCCCGAGAAGCCUGUGCAGUAUUUCGAUCAACGUGUUAAUAUUUUGCAGAAUGCCGUUUAUAUGGCGAGCGCAUUGGAAUUUUUUGGACUGGCUCUGCAUUCAAACUCGAUAUUGUAUCAUCCUAUAGCUCUGCAUUUGCUAAACGAAAACAAUCUACGGGGCAUAGUCUGGGGAUCCAGGAAUACGGAUGUCAAUGUUCGAGAUACGCUAAAGAGAUAUGGUCUAGUUGGUGUUAUCUACGACAGAAUUGAUCAAAUGGAUCAAAAGGGUGAGACACUCGAGGGCAAUGUUUUCACCAUUGAUUCAGCAAGGACGCGACCUUACUUUAAGGAUCUGCAAGAUGAAGAGUUACAGUUGAAUGGCUUAAUGCAAGCCAUAGAAACUGAGACAUCUGAGGAUUGAAUACCAAUAUCUAGAAAAAAAAACCCUUUUAGAUAGCCAUAUAAUAAUGACCCGAAAAACAUAUCAAAAGUUGAUCUUUCUUUAUGGUAAAAAUCUGUAAUAUACAUAAUAUUUAAUGAAAUGCAGUUCUUCCCUUUUGGGGUGUGAAUUUACUUUUAUUCAAAUCUUAAGACAAAUAAAAUAAAAGUAAUGCACUUGGUGAUAACCCGCCAACGUCCAUUCAAA